CUAAGCACCAGGAUUGAUCUCGUCGAGAGCACGAAUAACACCUUCGGAUAUUAUUAUCGAAUUUUUCGCUGCGGAAGACGUAAAAUGCUCCCUCAUAAGCCUUAAGUCUAUCUUCAACUUCCUCAAAUCAUAAUUCCUGACUUCACGACUCAUAUUUGGUUUACAAGAGGUUUUUCUCUGCGUAUUAGCUGUGAUGUGAUCAGUGUUUACGAGCUUGUCAAGUACUCUGCACGCAUUGACACGAAACUCGAGAUGUUUUGAAAACGGAAGAGAGGCGAAGUUUCAUUUCAUAAAAGAAACUGAAGUGAGUCGGACAUGGAGUCUCACAAUAUUGCCUUGAUGAUCAGGAAUCGAGAACUGAAGGUACAGUUUGCAAAUGUGAACAAAGCCCUCUUCUGGGCCGCAAUUUACAUUUCUCCAUGAAUUUGUUGAAAUUAAGCUUUCGUUCUCUUCAUAGACGAACAUCACGCGAGGGUUUCAGCGCCGAUAUCAGGUCCAUUCUCCUUUCGUUGAAAGACUAGGGCUGGAAACGGAACUUGAGGUAAAUGAUUCCUUCCUAUGUUUCCAGGUUGUAUCGAGAACUUUAAAACACUCUCACACUUUCGUUCACAAUAAUGGUUGCGUCUGUUAUAAGCUUAAGCUUAUGUUUAUUUUGCUUCUGUCUUAAAUAUAUUACCGGAUUCAAUCAACUUUUAAAGUUAUAAUAGGGAGUAACAACGCUGUUAAACUUAAUCGAAUGAUUUCUGCGUCGUGCCAUUUGUGUGCAAGAGGCGUUUCCAGGCAAAAAUUUGGAUUCACUCAUGACCCAGCCGACGUUGGGCUCGCCAUGGUUUUUAUGGCGAACUGCGGUUUGAAAAUAAGCUCAACCUUAAACAAGGAUGGCUUAGGUCUUAAUUAGUACUAUGACAAAAACCCAGUUAAAUCCAAAAUAUCAAUAAGAGCAAUAAUUGUGAUUGCAAGUAUGCCUCUAGUCGGCAAUUAUAUUUUAAAAAAUUCAGUAUUGUUUUAUUGAUGGAGCAUUAUUAGACGUGACUCCCAAAUAAAUGGCUUUAGGGGAUAUAUUGUUCACGAGUUUUGAACGACAGAGUAUGCACGCGAAAUUUUUUUUUUGUUAACUUGACCCAACGAAGAGAGGGUAAAAUGGACAUUUUAUAAGUGCAUGUAUUAGUUUCAGCCAUAAUAGGGGAAUACAUAGAGGUGAUAAUUUUUAUUGAUGUUAAUGAAUUUUGGAAAAAUAUUCUCUAUUUUCCCUAAUAAUAUUGCAGCUAUUUAUAACUGGUUGCAGGUGUGCUAACUUUCUAAAAUACCAUUAAUAUUCAUGUUCAAGCUGUACUUUUUGCUUUAUAUUUUAAAACUAUAUAUUAAACAGGUUUUAAUUUUGGUCAUGACUGUUUAAUGCCCCCCCCCCCCCCCCCCCCCAUGAAUGAUAGGGCAUGUCAAUGUUAUAGCAAAAACUUUUUUUACCAGCUUUUUCGGACAUAGGCCUGCCCAGAGGGAAUUAAUGUGCACGAACGGGACUCAGGUCCCAUGCGAGGUGCCAUCCCUACCCAAUCCCACAACCUGUAAAGGUUGACCACUCCACCAGGGUCUAUGACCCUUACUCUUUUCGAAUAGUGAUAUGGGUUCUUUUACGUCCCACAAGAACAAAUCAGGGAAAGUGCUGUGAGACGGGACCUAUGGUUUUUCGUCCUUAUCCGAGAAGACUAGAAAGUCUAACCAUUUGCAGAUGUCAUUACAAAGGGGCACUUUCUUCUCAGUUAUUUAAAGACCCUGAGUGUUGGUCCGGGCUCCUGCUCGGCAGCCCAGUGCUCUCCCAAGUGAGCUAACCAGGCGGCAGUUUCUUGUAUUGGAGGUAUUGAAAGCCCCCAAAAGCAAUGUAAAUUCUUGUGUUAGUAGUCCCUGGCCCGAGGGGGUUUAAAUUGACUGGUGCUUAACAAUAGGCAUUGUUUUAUGUGCGUUGUUUGCAACUAGCCUCAUUUUGGUGUCAACUAAAAUAGGCUAGUGUUUCCAUAGAGAGGGAGUGGAUAUCAUAGUUCAUGCGAGCUAUAUUAAACAAGGCUUACAAAAGUCUCAGUUGUGUGAUUUCAACAGUUACUGAACUAAACAUGUUGUCAGGAAUGAAGCUAACGCUAACAGAACUAUAUUUACAAUGCUGAUAAAUGUAGGAAACAAGGGAAUGCAAGUGCUUGAGCAUUUGAUAGGAUUUCACAGCUCAGACUUUCAGCACAGUUAGGCUUCAUACAUGUAGAUGUGACAAACUCGGGUGACAGUAAGUGUUCGAAAAAGAGGAAGCAAGAAUUAGGGUUGUACAUGGAUUGGCAAUGGGUGGAAAACUCGAGGUGAUGAUAUUGUUACUGUAUUUGAUUGGUAGUCGAGGAAGUUAAAUUUUUGACAGAAUGACUUGUGAAGUUCCUACACUGAAAAAAAGUUUAACGCAAGUGUCAGCAGCCUCUGAUGAGCAUUUUAAUCAGCCCCCCCAAAAAUGCUGGAAGUUGCAAGCUCUUCUCCUGCACACAAGACCCUAGUGAAUCACAAGAAAAGUUCAUUACAGAUUUGUUGCUGGCACUGGUAGUGACCUGUAACUCUGAUGGUCUUAAAGAUUUACUGGCUAGAGACUUUAAUUUGUGGAACCCAAGACAGACAGCUCUGCAUAGAACUCCUUUAAUACCCCAGAUCUUGAUUUACAAACUUUUGUCGCCUCAGUAUUUGCAAAGUGUCUGAGUUAUCAAAAACAUGUACUAAAACUUUGGAAGAAUUCAAGACAGUAAAUUCAUUGAAGGAGCAAAUGAAGUGCAGCAAGGUGUCAGUUAACAAAAGGUAUAACAGUCCUUAACAGGGUCCUAACAAUCUCAGGGUGGGGUUGUAAGCACUCUUUUUGCUAGCUAAAAAAAUAAUACUAUGCUGGUUAGAAAUGAGUGGUGAUAUGAGGCAGUUUAUCAAAAGGUGUGAUGUCUGGAGGGUGUUUGACUAGAAGAGGUUAAAAGUGACCCUCUUUCUUCAUGAAGUUCCUGGCUGACUGUGGGUGAAAGUCAGGGUUACCUUGUUUAACUACACCGGUUUUAACUACCUCUUUUGCAAGAAAUGGAAUCCUGGAGACUGGUAAAAAAAUUUUCAAACUGUGGCUCUCAGUUCAUCUCCAUCAAAUUUAAGGCAAUCUGUCAACAGUGAAAAUUUUCACUUGCAGCAAUUUGUUCAACCUAUUUGCUAAUUGUGUUUUAAUUGGGUUGCCUGAUUCUCUUUUUUGGGUGUCCAGUUGUUGAUCUAGCCUGGACGUUUUGACAUUCCAAACAUUUGUAUGGUUACAAAAAUAGUGCCCCAAGAUAUUUUUUGCAGGGGCUUGUGUCCACUGUGCAUUCUCAGCCUUUACAGCAAAUCAGUUCUAGUAGUGUGUCACGGGCAUUUUCCUUUCAUUGCAUCGAUGUUUACUCCUUCGCUGUGUAGCACUAUAUUUUCUGGACUUUACAUUGUAAUAAUGUUUUCCUUUCAUUUUUGAGCUGUUAACAUAGGUAAGACAGUAAGGCACUGUUCAUAAUGUAUGGGUGUGGGGGUGGGGGGGGCUAUGGGGAUCUUAAUUUUUUUCCUUAAAAAUUUUUGAGCUCCCCCAGAUGAUGUACCACAGGUGUCAGAGUCUUCUGGUUUGACUAGAAGGUGUUUUCGAACCCAUUAAAGUAAAUGUAUUUGCCAGACUUUGUGAUGUUAUAUAACAAAUAUAUAGAGGACAUGUAAUGUUCUGUUUAUUAACUUUAAUGAAAUACCAAAUUUAACUCUUUAUUUAAGAUUUGAGCAUUAUCACAAACAUAUUUGGGCGAUCUCUCGAUCUCCUAUUUCAGUCUCGUAAUUUUACUCUGUUAAAUGUUGAGAAGCGCUCAGAUUUCACUUGGAAUUUAUCGAUAUAUCUUCUUUAAGUGGACCCAAAGUUUAUUCUUUAAAAUACUUCUCUAAACCGGACUGAUUAUUAAAGAUUACCAAUUGAAUUUUGGGCCCCCUAAAUGUUUUGGAUGAAAAUUAAUGGCCUCCCCUCCACAUCCCCAAUACCCCCCAACCCAUAAAUUAUGAACAGUCCCUAAGGCAAAGAAAUUCUAUCAAAACCAAUCAGAACUGAACACUUAUUGGCGGAGAUGAAAAGUUUGAAAACAAAAGACAAGAAAUUACUGUGAAUUGAAGUGAAUGAGGACAAGUGUAAUAGUCACAUGAUAAGCAUGCAGUUUGUUUCGAGGGGUGUCUUUAAUGGGUCACUAUGUUAAUGAUGUUUUGGUCUAUUAAUCGCAACACCUGCUCAGCCGUGUGCAAGUCAAAAAAAAAUUUCCCAAACAGAAGGGGUUCCUGGGCAGGCAGCCUGAAAAUUAAUAUGAAUAUAAUUUGCCUAGGUCUGGCCCUCGUUGAAGAAUGAGAUUUAACACACACACUUAUAUUGCCAAAAGUGGAACCUGAUAGGUGAUGUGAAGGCUAAGGUGAUAUGUAACAUCUCAUUUUGUGGGUUUCGCAUUUUGCCUAUUUUUGUAGCGCUGUUUUGUGAGGAGUUUGAAAGGCUACUUUCUGUUUUCAUGGCUGUGUCAUGUGCAUCUUGUUGACGUUUUUCCUUCAUCAUGAAGAGCAGGCCAAAGUUCCACAUAUCUAAAGAAGAAACAUACUUAAACAUACUUUAAGUAAUCUGCAAUGAUCCUCUCUCCACUAUUUAUCCAUACUUUAUCACAGAAAAACACAAACUACCAAUUGCUUGGCUUAUCAGCUAAAAUUCCCCAUGUCUCAAUGUUCACAAUAUGCUUCAGCUCCUUUACUCUCCACCUAUUACCCAUGUUGAACACAUUCCUUAAUCUGUGAUUACUCCAAGUAAAUAGUGCAGUGAAGGUAGAGGCAGUUGUGAACUUAGCUAAAAAUGUCAUGAAGAAGUCACACUCUCCUUGAGUAGAGAAACACACCUACAGUAGUCAGGAACUGGAUACUAGUCCAGCGAUCUAGUGCAGCAGUCAAUGAGGAGACAGAUAAGUGCCCAUCAUUCUUCAACAUUCCAGACCAGUUGUUUAGCUUGGAACUUACCACCAACUUCUCACUAACAUUGAUCAACAAGUCCAUGCUUACUACUGCAAGUCCAUGCUUACUGGGCCAAUGAUCUGGAAGAGCCUAGAAGUAGAGAUAGUGUGCUACAGCUCUGCUUGAAAUUCAGUUGAAGAAGCUGUGAAGGAAAAGGUUGAUAGUUGUGUUAUAGCUCGGAUCUGUGAGGGUAUUACUGAAAAUGCAGCUGGGUAUUGUGAAAAUUGUCAUCACUUGAGGAAACAAAUGAGAAAUACUGUAUGGAGUCCUAAACCUACAUUGUUUUUAAUCACAAAGAGCCCAUGCAAACUGUGUGACUAUUGUAAUGAUUGAACUGAGAGGAAAUGUAUGGGAACAUGGAAAAGGUUCACAUAUUUAUUGUAAUAAUUAUUCUUAGAUAUAUGAUCAAAAUAAACUGAAGUGUUGUGUAUUAAUUGGCAUUCUUGCAGCUGAAAACGACACCUUAUAGUUAUUUAAAAGGUUUUGCAUUCGAUGUUUACCUGAGAGUGUAGUAGACACACUUUAUUAGUCUCUCUACAGUAUGCUCACGUAGAUGCUAGCUGGUUAAAAUAUAUAUAUCAUGAAAAUAUAAUUAUUUUCAGUAAAUUCGGGCAUCAGCAUUACAUCAGUGUUUUUAAAACCUUUGAUUAGUGUAACAUGCCAAAGGCCAAAAGAGGAUUAUCCUGUGGAUUUUUAUAGGCUCACUCUUUUUAGAACAUUUUUCAUACUGCUAUCUAUAUAUUAGGCGCUGUUUAAUUGAUACCAGAAUGACUUUCAUUCCAGAAUGAGUUUCGUUCCAGAGUCAAGUUUGUGCUGCAUUCUCAUGAUAAAAUUGUGUGGCUUAGCCUAAGGCAUUCUCACUCACGUGGUUUUCGCACCAGGUCAGGGGGUGUUUACAUGACACCGGGGCAACUUUCGUCCCGAAGCGAGUUCACUCCAGUUCCCUCUCAUGGCUCUAUAUUUGUUUACAUGAUACCACCACAAAAUGUUAUGCCGGCGUGAGUCACCCCGGCGAGAGCCACCCCGGGCGAGCUCACCCCGGUUCUCAUACCGGGUGAGAAUCUCACUCCAGUACGAAAUCUCACAACGGUAUCAUGUAAACACGAAACGACCACCUGUUUCGGUGUGAAAUCGGUCUGCCGAUAGACUGGAACGGGUAGUGCAUACGUAAUGUUUGCGAUUUUGAACCACAUGUGUAUUUUAUCAACACGAAACGUACCUUUAAAUAACAAGAUAUGAAUUGACCCAGUCAUCGUGUAAACGCGAUACAAAAUCAAAAAGUCAUCCCUGUGUGAAACUCACGCCAGAGCGAUUUUUCUCAUGUAAACACCCCUCAGAUGCAUAUUUACUGCUAACCCCAGACUACAUGAUUGGUGAUUUUCAAUGUGGAACAAAGUUCAUUUUCUGUUCACAUGAUACCAGAAUGAAACAUACCAGAACGAGAAUUUCAUUCAGAUUGAAAACCGGAAUGAACUCAUUCUGGCUGGAGUGACUUGAAUGGGAACUAAACGUCACUUCGGUAUCACGUGAACAAGUACAGAGAAAUAUAUGGAGAUGAUAUGAACUUGUUCCAGAAUGAAAAUCAUUCCAUCAGCUUGUGAAUAGUCCGUUAUUGAUUGUGUGAUUAUCCUGACUGCACAGCCACCUUUCUUUCAGGGUCACUCAGGAUGUGUUAAUUGUCUAGAGUGGAAUGAGGCUGGAAAGUAAGAUAUAGUUUUAUGUUAUUUGUUGGAUGUUGUUAAAGUAUUAGAUUGUAAAUAUAAAUUAUGGCAUUUCUUUAAGCGUAAAGUUUAGCUAUUUUCUUCGAUCAAAAAAACUAAUUGGUUUAAGUAAUUAAUUGUCUGAAAGGACUUUUUAAUCUCUCAUAAAUACUUUUACUCUUCAGAAAUUUGUUAAACAUUUUGAAAGUUGAGGUGAAUUAUCUGGGAUGUUAUAUUUUUAGAAGCAUGUGUGGGACUCUACCCCUCCUCCUGUAAUUUUGGGGUGUGGUAUGCUGCUGGAACCUUGAAAACUUGGCCCAUACCAGACUGCAAUCACUAUGAACCACAUUUCUUAUGAAAAUGCCAAUGAACUGGGAUUGGAAUCUAGUCAAUACCCCAUGAAAGGUUUUCCAUGGCCAUUGAAAAUUGCAGAAUAAAAUUUAAUGGCUAAAUUGAUGUCGUGGCUGUAUUUCUGGCUAUGAAGUUUCCACGGUAGAUGUACCCUAUCCCUAUUCUAGACAGGGCAACAAAAAUCCCUACUCUAACCUAGACUAACUAUCAUCCAGAAACUCCAAUUUUUCAUACCACUGAUCAAUUUCUGAUAAAGUGUUAUGUGUGGUAUAUGGUGAUACUCUAAUCUAAUGAUGAUGAUGAUGAUGAUGAUAAUAGUAAUAAUAAUAAUAAUAAUAAUAAUAAUAAUAAAAUAUACUGGCCUCUGAGAACCCUACCCAACUGCUUAAGAACCCUACCGUUCACCCUUCAUACCAACACAUCACUAUAGAGUACUUGUAUAUAGCCCAUCUAAUAAUUAACCAUUAUUCAAUGAGUGUGCAGUGGAUAUGAGAUGGUGGAUAGCCAAAGAGUUGCAUAGUGCCGAGUUGGCUAUAAUCAUUUCAUGUCCAACAAGUGUGAAUGGAAUAUAAUCAAUUGUUUUAUUAAAAAUGCCCACAAAAUAUCAAGAAUUCUUCCUGACUUUAUUUUGUUGUAAAAACAACCGAUUUUCAGCUUGUUUUUAAUUUUGAGCUGACACGUACAGUUACCGUAUUUGGAGAGCAUGGUAAAAUCGCUCUUGUACCAUGAUGGCUAAGCCAAUCAGAACUAGAAUUGCAUUAUCCAGUGAUGCAGUUUUUUAUAGUGGCAGUUUAUUAUCCUCCACCCCUCCCCCUUCCCAGGAUUCUACCACCUUAGCAGCUCUUGUGGUAGUUCUUGGUCCUGUUUUAAAAGUGCUCUACAACCUGAAAAGAAAAUGAACUGUACUUGGUUAUUUAGACAAUUUUUAAUUCCUUAGGUUUUCAAUAACUAAUUCCUGUAUAACUUGGUAGUGAAUGAGUUUAUUAACAAUAACACUAAUAACAAUGCUUAAAAAAUCAUCGCUCAGAAGUGAAAAACAGAACUGGCAUUUUCUGAUGUUGCAUUGGGCAACAUUUCUUCUGCUAUCUUGCUAUGUAAUUAAUCUUCCUCAAAAUCUUCAUUAUUACCACAAAUCAUGUUAAUUUAUAAUGAUGGCAUGAAGCCAUCAAGAUGUUAAGUAUUUUUUUAAAUGUAACUUUAAAGAAACACUGCCAUAUCUUUUUUAGUCUCCUUGUAUCAGGGUCAGAUGAUCUAAAUGCCAUAGUGUGGGAUCCCGUGCACCACCGGACAAAGUGUGUCAUCAAAACUGGACACUCUGGAAACAUAUUCUCAGUUAAGGUAACUCUUUCUAUAAGUUAACAGCAAAACUUUUGUUAAGUGGACACGUAUAGAACCUUCUUUGGGGAUUACCCUUUAAACUCCAAGAUCAAAAUUUGAAUUCUCAUUCAUUGCCCCUAUUCAUUUUCCUACAGAAGGAGUGGUGAGAAGUUGAUAAAAUAUCAAGCAAAUUCAUCUUGGGUGAUCAAGUCCAUAAUUCUCAUGACCACACUGUUUUACAAAGCAUCAGUGUGCAAAGAAAGUAGUGUCUGAUAGCCCGGGGCCAGUGGAUUUUGCUAUUGGGGUAGUGAAUUCUGUUAUUGAUUCGGCAGAUGGGCAAGUGAUGUUUUUUGAGGAAUUCAAAUUACUGAAGAACUUUGAAAUCAAUCUGCUCAUCAAAACGUUUUUGGGGCUAGUUGAAAUGAUGUUUGGGCUAGUAAAUAUUAGCUUCAGCUUGCCCGAAUAGCAAGCUGUAAAAAUGAUUUUCUUUGCACCCUGAAGCAUUUAUAUUACAAGGAGAAAUUUGAUGCCGAUCACUCUUAGGGCUUAAAGAGUUAAACAUCUGACCUGAUUUGUGUCUGCUUGACAUUGAAAUAUUGCAUCACAGACAUGAUUUAUGAAGAAGCUCUGCAGUUAUAAAACUUGAAAAAAAUAAUGCUUGAAAGCAAGUUUGUUAUUUCUGAAUGAGAAAUGUUCCUGAAAAUUCAGAUAAAUUCUGUUGGCACAAACGAGCCAACCAUGUGUCCAAUGAUAAAACUGAGGUUCCAAGAACAAAAAUUAUUGAAAAUUAUGAAACUAUCACCCUAUAAAAUUGCACAGUUUGCUCAUUAGAUGCCAGUAGUCAUUUAUGAGGGGUUUCAGUGAUAAUGGGGCUUUGAUGUGGAAAAGGUUGUCUACAUGUACAAGAGGCGCCUACAGAUGGAGGUUUGGCUGUGUGCAGUUACCUCAUAAAUAAACCAGCCUUACCGAAAAGGGCGCAGAAAGGGAUUAAGCCGUUCCAAUACUGGUAACUGUUUCUUUUCCUGAUUGUAGCAGAUGUUCAUAUUUCUCUUCUUUGAGGUUUUUUUUUUCUAUUUUUCCAGUUUUUGCCACAGACGGGAGACAGAAUUAUUGCAACAGCUGCCGCUGAUGCUAAAGUUCAAAUUCACACAGUAGAAACAAAAGAGACAUCACAAGCUUAUAAAUGUCAUAUUGGCCGGGUAAAGAGACUUGCUACUGCUCCUGAUACUCCAUACAUGCUCUGGAGUGCCUCUGAAGAUGGAACCAUCAGGUAUGCAUAUUAUGUAUUCAGCUUGGCAGAAUUUUUUAACAAAGUUAUGAUUUUUUUUACUUUUCACGCUUAGGACUCUAAACCUUGGUCUUCCCAGAUACAAGUUAAAAAGUAUGGCAUGCAUUUUUAUAGUUUUAAUAAAUGAACUCUCUUGGCUGGCAAAUGGUUUAACCUGAGACUUGUCCAGAUUCCAAGGCCUUGUUUGAAAUUUGUGGCCUUCUUGUGAAAAGGAUGAAAACUCUGUCAAUAUGGAAGGAAAAUAUUGCACAAGAAUUUCACUUACUACAAACAUUCAUGAGGUUUGAGAUCACAUGAAAAUAUUCUGAAAAAAAUCGGUUAAAUCUGUGUACUGAACACUGCCCUACAAUGCUGUGUUUGACAUUCAUCUGUAAAUGUAUUAACUGCCCCUAAUUCUUAAUUACUGUGAGCUAGUUACAUUCCCUUGCACAUGGAGGGGCAACCCAACUUAUGAACACCCAGUUUAUACAAUCACCUCAUUAUUACAACCACAUUAGAGGCGUUUAGCAACAGGCUUUUAUCUUUUAUGGCUUACAUGAAAACACGCUUUGAUGUGUGAUGUUUGCUCGAGGUUUGAUCCAUUCUCCACGUGAGCAUAGUGUUAACAUUGUGUCAAGCUACUAGGAUUUUAAAUUCUAUUUGAGAAAAGAAAAGUGUUUCUUAUCAAAGAAUAGCUUGCCAUGAACAAUCUAACAAAAAAAUGAGGCUGUUAGUGGUUUUUGCCAAAAACAUCGAGUCAGUCAAUUUCUUUUGACUUCUACUUAAAAGCACUUGCUAAUUUCCUUCUUUGAAAACCUCAUAUAUACGACCGCCUUGUUUCUACAAGUUAGAUUUUAUUGUCCAAUGGUGAUCGUGUUAAUAGGUUCCACUGUACCUCAUUACUGUCAGUCAGCCAGUUCUCUGAAGUUACUGCUGUGUUUUGAGGGUUCCCCAGUCCCAUCAUCUCAACCCCAGGGCUGUCAUUAAGAGGCGGGGGCCGGGGAUUUCCCCCAGCUACUACUUGAACGUGGUCCCCGGCUACUUUCAAAGGAAAAUAGAAGAUAAAUAGAACCCAAAGAAACCCGUAGCUGUUUGAUUGAUUUCCCGCCUACAUUGUACUUGUUGUCUUUACCCGGCAGCUUGGAAUCUUAAGUGACAAUCCUGCAACCCAAAUUUUAGUUCAGUCCCAUAAUCAAGAUGGUUAUUUACAACAUCCCGCAUGACAUCUGUGUAUACUUUCAAUCCUGAAUCUUCAGUUUUCACUUUAAAAUCCCGAAAAACCAAUAGGGAAACUUCUGUGUAAUAUUCAUUGUAGGUGGUUAAUUCCCAGUUUAGUUCUAUCAGUUUCUCUAUAGAGUUUAGACGCAGCUAUUUCACUAACUUUGGUUCUGCAAAUUAAAGUAGACUUCUAAAGUGAUUUGUUACAAAUAGUUAUGGUGAGUCCUAGGGCUCAUCUUGUGAAACAUCAUGAGUCCUACUUCAGAACCAAUGAGUCCCAGUUAAAAAGAGAGUCCGAAAAUUGAAAAUGCUUGGGCCUUUAUGUAACGAGACAGUUGAUCUGAAGACAGACUCCAAAACUCUGUAUUACAGUAUACUGAAGCUAAAAUAUAGUCCUUCUAUUAAACGCACGGCAAAGGCUAAAAGAAAUAUACAUCGUUAAAGAACAGCCAUAAUAACUGCCACAGAAUUUACGUGGACGGGAUAUUUGUACAAAUACACGUUUCGAUCGAUCGUUCUUUGGGUCCUACGGGACGCAUGCAUUAAAAUUUUGCGUCCUUGGGUUUUUUAUGCGUCAGGGACUCGGGACUCAGAGGUAACCAAAUCACCGCAGUACUGGAAAAGCUAUAUUUUUACCAUCAGAAAUUACUUAGAUCACCUUUUUUGUUCUUUUUUUUUGUCAACAGACAAUUUGAUUUGCGGCAACCACACACUUGCAACACAAGCAGUAAGAACUGCAAAAAUGUGCUCAUUAACCUCAACAUUUAUGUUGGAGCCAUGGCUGAGGCUAAAUGCCUUGCAAUCAAUCCUCUACAACCACAACUUCUUGCUGUUGGUUGCAAUGAUCCCUUUGUGCGGCUUUAUGAUCAUAGAAUGUUGGAAUCACAUAGUUUAUCUGAUAAGAAGAAACCAUGCAACAGCAGUCCAGAUGAUGCUAAACUUCCUCCCGGAUGUGUGCAGUAUUUUGCUCCGGGCCAUUUGCCUCCGCAGCUAAGCAAAGAUUUGCGUCGACGAUUUAGAGCUUAUGUUGCAACAUAUGUGAAUUUCUCUCCUUGUGGACGUGAAUUAAUAGCAAAUUUAGGUGGAGAACAGAUAUACUUGUUUGAUAUUAAACAGCAUCGCAAGGUUCUGAAGUAUCAAGUUGUCAACGGAAUUUCUUCGUCAUUAGCUUCAAAUGGUGUGGUAAAAACUGUUGUGGAUAAUUUUAGUGUCUCUUCAAGCAAGAAUGGAUUUUCAGCAUCAGCUAAUGGAGCAGCAAACGGUUACCAUAUCCCAACAUUAAAUGGAAAGAGAACUGUAGCGGAAAAAAGGACCUCUAACUCCACUCAUGUCAGCAGUCAUUAUAAUUCUUCUCAGGAGCUACCACCUAGAGCACUUGAACUUAAAGCAAAAGGAAAUGAUGCCUUUUGCCAACAACAGUUCUGGACGGCUGUGAACCUUUAUAAUGAGGCAAUUUCAUAUGCUGCAAAUUCUGCUGUCCUUUAUGCCAACAGAGCGGCAGCCUAUAUCAAAAGAGCAUGGUAAGUGUGCGGCAUGUAUAGAUUGUGGUUUGUAAGCCUGCGAGAAAGCUCUCCAUUUGCUGGCGUGAAGUCACGCGUGUGACGCGAGAGCAAGAUCUCCAUUUGAGGGAGUCCCGGGAAUCAUGCGUGAGCGGCACACGAAAGGAGACGCGAGAGGGGAGGCGGGGUAAGAAACCUUUUCCUCCACCCCUCACAGCUUGCUUCGCUCGCUAGAAAUGGAGAACAGUGGUUUGUUUUUCUUUUCUCCCACGAUUUCCACAGGUCAGGAAUUAAAAUAGGUGGGGAAAAACUCUUAAGGCGAGGGGAUUGUCCGGAAAUUUUAUAUUCCUAAUCAGGAAAAUUCAGGGAAAAGAAUGAUCCAAAAGCUAAACGAAGAGAGUGACCGCCAGGAAAACGCUGUACUGAGCACAUGAAGGUGAUAGCUAGGCCGAGCGCGCUUGAGCCAAACCACUGACCGCUGACCACGCCCGGGCUCCUAGUUGUUAACUGUGUGAACUAAAUUUUUUUAACUUCAUUAAAACACCCCUUUAAGAUGGAGAGUUAGUCUCUCUCAUUCUUCAGUCACUUCUCUACUGACCUCUCCAAAAGAUGGAGACAUCCCUAAAACACUUAGAACUGGUCCCACUAGUGCCUUUCUUGAAUGGAAUUGACAGUACGUUUAAUAUGUAGUUCAAGAAAACUGCCCUUUUUAGUUUAUUUAUUUAAUCGCUUUCACCAUGAUUACAAUGCUAGAAUAAGACAAGAAAAAAAAUACAUUUGAACAAGUCACAAAAACGAGACACGAAGGUGCGGGACACCCAACAGAGCGAGGCUCCAAAUUAAGUGUGCCCUUAAGAAAAAUACACAAAUACUAACUAUGUAAACAUUUAAACAUUUUAAGAAGUAUAAAAAUAAAUCCUAUUUAGUUUUAUCAGGGAUGUUUGAAAACCCACUAGUGUGACAAAUUAUCAUGUUUAGUGUUGUAGUAAGUACAAUGUAAGGGGUUGUUAGGCAACGUUCUUUGGUGAUAAGCAGUUUCAAAUGUGUUAGGUUGGGUAGCAACCUCAAUUGCAUGUAAGGUUGAGAUAGACAAAUAAAAAUGAAUCGAGUUGACUACCUCGACAGGUAUAUGCAAUUUUUUCUUUUUUCGGGUAACUAUGAAACAAAAGAGUAUAAGUUCGUGUAGAAAAGUAAGUCUUCUAAGAGGCUAAGAAAAUUGAACAAUUUAAAUAACAAUGUGUAUGUGAUACAGGUCAAAAUUGAAUUCAGGUUAAAUUUUUUCACCUACCGUGCGGCACGAAAUUUUUGCGGGAGUUUAUUUUUGCAGAUUGGCGAUGUUUUUGUGUUUUUGCGGGAACUAAUUUUUGCGAUUAGGACAGAUUGGUUUUUCUUGCAGGGAAUUAAUUUUUGCGAUUUUUAGGAAGUACCCAGUACAUAGCAUUGAUAAUAUUUUCGUUUUUAUUGAGUACGUGUAAUAGAAAUACAUAUUUUCAAGCAAUAAACCAUUAUUUCGUUGUUUCUGAAUGAAAGAGACAAGUUGUGAUUGAACAGACACGAUUUCUUAGUACCGUAUUUUUGUCUAGCGAAUUUAAGUUAGAGAAUAUUUACUCUGGAGUAAAUUUUUGCGGGAAAAAUGUUUACGGUAAUUUUUAUUUGCGGGAACUUAUUUCUGCGGAUCGCUGGAAAAACCGCAAAAAUCGCAAAAAUUAGAAGCCGCAAAAAUUUCCCUCAGUUUCCUUUGUCUCCUAGCCCUGAUUAUUCAUGAAUAACAAGGGUUAGGAGACAAAGGAAAUAGAGAAUCAACACUGAAUUUAAUAUUUACCUGUAACAUAUGCUCUCAAUUGUAGUGAUGGGCUGUAGUGAAAAAGCCAUUUAAAAAAAUUUAAAUCAGACUUCGAGCAUUCUUUCUUUUAGCCUGGGACCAGGCUCUGCAGUGGAGAAAAAAGGCAAAAAACGGGGUCAAACAGGAAAAAAUGUCGGCUCGACUCGCUUUCCCCUCGCCGAUUUGUUACUCCUUUUCCCUCCAAUGCGGAGCUUGGUCCCAGGCUAUCUUUCUUUUUUCAUAGUCCGUCGAGCGAAACGCGCGUUGCUCGAAAAUGAUCGUGUGCGUGACUGAAGGUACGAGACAAGAGAGGCACCCUCGUUCCUCGCGUCUCGCGGCUCAACGCUGGCGUGAGUGCCCUCCUCCACCAAAUCUAAAGAAAAAGAGACUGCACGCAGUCUAAAUUUAACUUAAAAUUUGUUUGUUUUCAGGGAUGGAGAUAUCUAUGCAGCAUUACGAGACUGUCACAAAGCCCUUAAAUUGGACCCUAAUCACACCAAAGCUCAUUUCCGUCAGGCGCGCUGCUUGUAUGAAUUAAGAUGGUUUCAAGAGGCUUUAAGCUGUUUGAACAAUUUCAAGGUAAAAUUUCCUGAACAAGCUGAAGGAACUGCGGCAAAGACUUUAGAAAAGGACAUAAGAGCAGCCGCUUUUGCUGAGACAGAAGGUGGGUUGCUUGAUUUUGUUGCUUUUCAUGUUAGGGUUGUCAAACGGGGAUUUCACUUUUUUCCCGGGCUUCUUUCCUCGGAUAUGUUCAUAGGAAAAAAAGGAAAAUACUACUAAAUACUCAUUGUAUCUACCCGGCACCUUAAAAUCUUAGUGACAGCCCUGCUGACUGAAGUUUGCUGAUCAAUAAGCAAUUCACAAAGUCAUUCAGGCAGUCAGCUAUCCUCCGAAAUCUCUUUGCCAGGUGGUAAUUUUUUUUUCAGUGUGUCAUUGUACAUUGGAACCUCGAUAUAACGAACCUCUCUAUAACGAAGUCCUCGGUAUAACGAACGAUUUUCUUCUGUCUGGCCAAAAUUACAGGAGAAUGUAUGGAAAAGAACCCCAAUUUAACGAAAUCCUCAUUAUAACGAACACAGUCCAGAAGCGCAAACGUAAGAUGUACCUCCAUAUAACGAAUAAAUGUCAACAUUUGACGAAAGAUGAAUGCAAAACAGACCAACAAGGAUAAAAUAUUUGUGCACAGUUGUUUUAACCAGUUUUGUUUUGCUAAGUUGAUAAGACGUCUAUGCUAUAUUAGUGCAUAUGAGAACUCUCCUUGAGUUUCCCAACCAAUCUAUUAUAUGAAGUCCUACAAAUAGUACUUUUAGGGUUGAUUUCCAGUGUCGCGUAAUUUUUACUUGCGUACGUGCGUAAAAUUUACGUUCGCAAAUAACAUGGAGGCAAUGCAUGAAAGGUCGCUCGUAAGCGUAAAAGUUGAACCUCACUUCUCGUUUAAGCUCAGCACUUUUUAUCUUGCCUCUAUUUUAUUUACAUGAUUGAAAUUUACGUGCGUUAACGUGCGUAGCCAAAAACGCGUCAGUGGUACACUGCAAAACAGUGUUUUUUUCUUAAAACCAGUAAAGAAAUCGGUAAAGCGUGGCGUAAGGGUCUUUCGCGCGCGAGGCGCGCAAGCAGGCGUAUGAGGCGAGAGAAAAAAACGCCUUUAGCGUCUCUCCCCAGUCUCGCUCUCUGUUUUCAGUUUCGUUCAAGACCUUUUGUUUGACUGAUCGCGCGUACUUGAAUAAGCAAAAAUACGGACUGUUUUGCAAAUCAACUUUUACACUCAUGCUGUAGAUUUACAAUUUACUAGCCUCAAGUAAUUUUACUAUCACUGGCCCUUGCUGUAAUGAUUGAUGAGAAACCCAACACUGGUUCUAAAAUUAUAAGCUGUUCAAAUAUGCCUGAGUCCCUAAUCCUGAAUCAUGAGUAGCUGACUGCGAGUAGGCCCUCAUUUUCCCUCAGGGAUAGUGGAGUGAGCGAAACGCGAGCGCGCGUGAAAAUCACCCCACGCGAGAAAGGCGAGACGCGGCGGGGAGAGAGAAACGCGCGCUCGCGUUUCGCUCGCUCAACUAUCCUUGAGGGAAAAUGAGGAAAUGCUCGUAGUCUAGCCGGAGCUAUGUGCAGCUCUGUAAUGAGACAAUAAGUUCAGAACCGGAAGUAAUGGGCGUUGAAAAUUAAUUAUUAUCUGUAAUGAGAUAAGGAAAUUUUGGUUCAGAACCGGAAGUAAUGGGCGUUAAAUCGAGGUUUUCGACCACGAACCUGCGAUAUAACGGGAACAUUUUGCCAGUCCCAGGUUCCCCCAGAUCAUCGUUAAUCCAGGUUUUCGAUGAAACGAACCCUCGAUAUAACGAAAAAAUUUCUCCAGUCCCAGGUUCCAUUGUACCAUCUUGGUUUCAUCCGAAAUUGGGACGUCUUUAUAGGACAAGAAACUCAGCAAUACAAAUUUGGUAGUGUCCAGGCAUAUAAAAAGGGAGAAGGCCUCACUUCCGGUUGACGUGCGUCGCUCAAAAACGUCUUUGCUUAAGCUCCCUAUUAUCUGGCCGCUAACUCUUAAGUUAUCAAAGAAUGAGCGAGCCCAGUAUCUGCUGGCAUUGUGUCGGGAUGGGUGGCGGUCUACACAAUGUAUGGGAACAUGGUCGGUGGAACCUUGCUAUAACGAAGGGCUCGUUUUGUCGAGGUUGUUUCCCAGAAAUUUUACUAUUACUGGGGUAAAGAUAAUCGUUCGUUAUACCGAGGGCUUCGUUAUAUAGAGGUUCCACUGUAAAAAUACUGCUUUAGUGAUACAAUCAAUAAUAUAUAUUAACUGUAUAAUAAAUAUUAUCAAAUAUUAUUACAUAUUAAUCAUAUGAAAGGUAGAUACUAGAGGUUAGGCCCAUCAAGGAUCUCUACCAGAGAAUACUCUGAGGGAGCUUAAGCAACAACGACGGCGACGGCGACUGCUACGACGCGCUUAUUCCUUCGCGUUCAACUCGCCAAAUGUUGGCUGUUUUUUCUGGAGUUGAAUUCUAAAAGACUGUAUCGAAGUGCAGGAAAAGAAAACGAAAGUCGUCGCCUUGUGUUCACGUCCUCCACAAACCGUCAAAAUAGGCAUUUCCACGUCGUAGUCGUGGAGUGACGGUAAAGAAAUGUACAAAAAAGCAUGAUGCACGUGCAAAGUUGUUGUUUCGCUGACUUAACCUAUUGCAUUUUUCCCGUUCUCGUUGACGUCGUCGUCGUCGUCGUUGUUUAAGCUCCCUAAUCAGUGCCGGAUCCAGACCGGUCAUCAGAUAGAUAAGGAGGGAGGGGGACCGGGCCCUUCGGGGGUGGUCAUUCCCCAGAUCCCCUUAGAUAAAGGAUGCUUGGGCCGGUCUCAAGAGGUGAUUUCUUCGUUAAAACUUAAGAUAUUAAGAUGAAGGAAAUGUUUAAUACAUUUGUGUUGUUUGAAAUACGAAGCGUUUUAGGUGCAACUUAGAGUUAAGAUCAAGAUUUGGGUUGUGUCCUUUAGAUGAUGACGACGAAGAGACAAGCCCACAGUCAGACACUACUCCAUCUCGACGCAGGAGGCGACUCAGCAUUGUAUCCGAUCAGGAGAAAGAGUUACGUUCACAAGCUCUUGAUUAUGAGCAGCGAUUCUGUGGACACUGUAACACAACUACUGACAUCAAAGAAGCAAACUUCUUCGGGAGCAACGGACAGUAUAUUGUAGCAGGCAGCGACGAUGGCUCCUUCUUUAUGUGGGACAAAGAGACAACGAAUCUAGUCAGAGUACUAAAGGGUGAUGAUUCUAUUGUGAAUUGCUUACAGCCCCAUCCUAGCAUGUGCCUUUUGGCCACUAGUGGUAUUGAUCCGGUGAUCAGACUUUGGAGUCCACGCCCCCAGGGUGAGGACACACAGGAUUGGCUUAUUGACGAGGUAGAGGCUGCUGCGAAAGCCAAUCAACGGCGAAUGAAUGCUGACCCGUUGGAGGUGAUGUUAAUGAACAUGGGAUAUCGAACAAGGUUUACUAUGGCUGAAGGUAGUGAUGCCGAAGAUGAAGCAGAAACGCCUAUUCAGUGUCGCACUAGCUAG